AUCGGUCGGUUGAUAGCGCUGCAGGCAAUCAGGCUUCAGCAGCCUGGGCUUGCGUGUGCCUGUGUGGUCGGUUCCCCACUUCCCAACAGCCUCUCUCGCGUGGUCUCGUCGGUUCUUCCUCACCGCUUGCGCUACUCGCGAUCCACCAAACCAUGUCGAGCGGGGUUGGCGGCGGCGGGCGGCGAGGGUGGAGCCCGUUGGACGCGAUCCGCAGCUUCCCGUCGACACCCGAGUCGCUCAUGUCGCAGAUCGACGCGGCCAUCGCCUCCACCGAGUACGCCCGCGCCUGCGCCCUCCUCGACCCCGCCCCAGCCUCAGCCUCCUCGCAGCCGCCGGCGCAGCCCGAGACGGGGCCCGAGGGUCAGGGCCCCCCUCCGGCCUGCUACGACGCGAAGGUCGCGGACGAGGCGUACCGCGCGGCGUGCGCGGCGCUGGGGGCGGGACGGCCCGACGCCGCCGUGCGGUCGCUGCGGGCGGCGCUGGCGAGCUGCCCGCCGGACAAGGCCGCGGCCGUGGCCAAGGUGAGGUCCAUGCUGGCCAUCGCGUCAGCGCAGCUGCACAAGCAACAGCACCAGGCCCAGCAGCAGAGCAGGAAGUGAGCCAGUGAGGUCGUCCCACUUCGUCGUAGCUGCAACUUGCUGAUGUAAUUACCGCGAUAUCUCAUUUGGGCAUUCGGCCAUGAUCAGAUGCACUAAUCGUUCAGGUUAAUGCAUCCUGUUCCAUUUGCAGCCAUGUAUGUGGCCCAUGUCAUGGAAAGGGAAUCCUGUGUAGUGCCACUGCCAUCUGCCCGUCUAAUAAACAAUUCGCUAGCAUUCGUUACACAGGGUGUACUUGAUCAUCUGAGCAAAAUCUCAUCAUCUCUUCAGUAUGUUCUGUCAGAAUUACAUGUACUGAAUCCAGCAUCAAUAGCAAUCUUGCAUACA